ACGGUCACGUUUUUGACAAUGAUCCUUCAAAGAACAUCUGAUUGGAAUCCUGCAUUCACUACUGGUGGUGACUUUAAAAGAACUUAGCUGUAUAAUUCCUGAUGUUCGCGCAACUUUACAGUGGUCCAUAAACUAGGUAAAGACAUAGCUCUUCGCAUACGUUUGUUGAACAUGACUCAUGGAGAAGAGCUUAGCUCUGAGAUGCAACAGGAUCCCAUUGUUUUAACUUAUCUAGAAGGCUUACUAAUGCAUCAAGCAGCUGGUGGGUCGGGGACUGCAGUUGACAAGCAUUCUGUCGGCCGUGCAACAGUGGAUGAAAACUUUAAGACGUCAGGAAAUAUAUAUUCCAACUCACAAAAUAAUGCCCCUGCUCACAGCAACAGCCCAUGUCAGGGAUCUGGUAUGUUGCAUCUCAAAAAAGCGAGGCUACUACAAUCUUCUGAAGACUGGAAUGCUGCAAAGAGGAGGCGGUUAUCCGAUACCGUGGUUGCUAUAAAUGGGAAAAAUGAAGCUUUGCUGGCUGGUAUGGCAGAAAAUGUACCAAAAGGCAAGCAGGAUAGCACAUUACUGGCGUCUUUGCUUCAAUCAUUUAGCUCAAGACUUCAAAGUGUCGCAUUGUCACAACAAAUAAAGCAAAGUCUUAAAGACCAAGGGUUUUCCAUAACCCAAGAUGCUGCACGCGAGGAAAAAGAUAACCGAUGUUAUGGUGUUGCAUCCAGUCACCUAAAGACGAUUUUAAACAAAAGCAAAUCAAAAGAUAAAACAUCUGACAAUAAUUUGACUGGAUUAGCUCAGCACGAAAAAUUUGCGGAACCUUCUCUUUCCGGGCAAAGUAUUUCCAAAGCAGCAAGUGAACCGGUUUCCUGCGCUGCAAGACUUCAGGCUGUUGCAAGUAUGGUUGAGAAGAGAUCUAGCCCUACUUCAUCACCUAAACCAAGUAUAGCCUGUAGUCAGCUGGCAUUGCUUCUUUCAAGCGAAGCUCACCUACAGCAGUAUUCGAGAGAACAUGCUCUGAAAGCGCAAAGUGCAAGUCAGCUGGCCAGUGAACGGUUGGCUGCCAUGGCAAGACUGAAAGAGAGCUCAGAGAAUAACAUGAGUCGUUUUAAGUUCUCAGCAAAUUUACCAGCCAGCCACAACAGUCCCUCAAGGCCUCUUUCAAAUGGAAUUAGUAAUGUUGGUAAUAUUUCUCCAUUCCCAAAUCAACUGGGUAUCCCGCAUUCUCCUCACAAGCCGGUUGUUUAUAAAAACCAUACAGAAAGGAACCAUGUAAAACCAUCACCAAACAGUAGUUUGCUUCUGCAUCUUCUUAAGAGUCAUAAUGCCACAGGUGUAAGCACAAGUCAUGUACAGGGCGAGAACUACUCCAUGUUCGAAGAAAGUGCUACUCCAACAACUACAGAUGACUUUUCUGAUAACAAUCCUAGUUUUACAGAGGAAGAGAGCAGCGAUGAUGAAAGCACUCACUCAAACUGUGCACCUAUAGAUUUGUCAUUUAAAAACAGAGUGGACAAACCAGAGACGAUACAAACUGCUUCCAUAGACAAUUUAACUGAAUCUUUGCUUCACAAUUGGGAUCCUAAAGUCAACGGACUUGACAUUGGCAGAGACCAUAAAGACACGUCAGCGGACUCAACAUUAAAGCCAUAUCAGAAGGUAACGCUGUUACAGCUGCUACUUGGUCAUAAAGUUGACGAAAACCCACAGUCCGUGGUAGAUCUCAGAGGGCCGCAGAAAGCAGCUGACGUGUCAAAGUUUAGUUUGCCAGCACACAACCAUCUUUCUGAGAACACAAGCAUUGGGAAUUCUUCCCCAUUAAAUAAUCUACCUUUGCAUGGUCCCUCCAAAGCUGAUGUUCCGGUAAAUUUAUCUCAACAGCCUUUUCAAAUUAAACCCAGUUUCACUUCCUAUUUAAAUAAAAUUCAGUCAGAAACACUUACAAAUCCAGCUUCAAAACAUUUAAUAGAGCUCACUAGAAACAAAACAUUUCAACCACCUGUUCCAUUAACAAAUGAAAAUGCCCCAAAUAAUGCAUUCAGCGCGAGUAAACUUCUUCAGAAUUUAGCUCAAUGUGGAAUGCCCACUCCUGAAGAACAGCUGCCGAAACAAUUAAAUGUAAGUAAUGGGAAAACCGUAGGGCUGGUUGAUAGACUGAGAUGCCCUCUGGUGAUAAAUCAGUCAAAUUCUUUUGAUGAGGGUAAGACUUUUACCAGUCCACCUACUCCGGUGGAUUCAGGUCUUCCUAGCUCAGAAAUUGAGAACCUCUUAGAAAGACGUACAGUUCUUCAAUUGCUUCUUGGGGCACCUAACAAAAGCAAGAACGAUAGAGUUCAGAAAACGGUUAUUAAAAAUGAAAGUCCACAAGACCAUGAUGAAAAUAUACCAAGUGAGCAAAUUGUAACUUUGAAAAUUAAAACUGAGCCUGAGGAUGAUUCCAGUACACAUCAUUUCAGAGACCUGAGAGUUCUGAGCCCUCAUGAUGUAUCUGUUCACAAAACGGCCAGAUCAACUCCAGAGGAUACAAAGCCUCAGCAGCUUUCACCCCAUGACUUUUCUGGAACCAGAAACGGACUUCUUAGUCGUUUGCUAAGACAAAACCAUGACGGAUAUGAUACAAACGACCUGGGUAUAAGCAGACACUGUGAAUCCAAAUUAACAGAAUCCAAAAUCCACUGUGUUCUUCCAAAAAAGAGAAAAAUGCCUCAACAUGAGCCAGUGGAAAGCCAAGUAAAAAUUGCAAAACUCAGUUCACCAGAUAGAGGAAGCCAUCAGUUGGUUGGGCCAAGAUUUUUACAAGAGGAAAUAAAUGGCGGCAAGGCUGAUCAUGAAACUAGAUGCACUGUGGGCCAGAGUUCAUUUAAUGAAAAAAGUGUAUGUUGGUCACGAGAGAGUAAAGGGUUUAAUGUGCUAAAACAACUCUUACUUUCUGAGAAUUGUGUCAGAGACUUGUCCCAGCACAGGAACCACACCGUGGAUGAAGAGGAGCUGAAGGGAAGCAGAAAUAACUUGGCAGGGAGUUCUGAUGUAGUUCCUUCGUUAAAUGUUUUGAUGGGAAAACAUUCUCACGCAAAUAAUUUAGGUCAAAUGACAUUUCAGUAUCAAUCUUCCUUAAGACGUUCUCCCCAUACCCCUCCAGAGGUUUCUGGGAAUAAAAUGGCUCUCAUUAAUUCAGGACAUUUAAAUAUGUGCCCUGUGCCGAACGAUAAAGGACCCAUUAAAUGGGUUAUCGCAGGUAUGGAAAAGAAUGAAUUCGGGAAGGAUUCCCCAAGACUGACAAAGACCAAUCCAAUACUGUAUUACAUGCUACAAAAAGGGGCACAUUCAGCUGGCAGUCAAGACUUUCGAGAUCGGAAUAGCUGGUCAGAAUCUUUAUUGGGAAAAUCAAAUGAAAUGACUUUAAAAAAAGAACCAAUCCAUAGUAGACUCACCCACACCAAUGGUAUUGGUUUGAUGAAGCCUUCCAGCCAUUCUGUAAAUAAGACAAUCCACAAUUCCAGUGGAGAAAAGUGUGGACGUUUUGAUAUGAUUUCAAUUAAGAAGGAGCCUGAAUAGUCUAGUUAAAGAUUUGCAUCAGAUUGUGUGAAAUUUUUACUUAAAGUAUAAUUUUAUGUAUCAGGCAUGAUUAUCAGGAUAAUCAAAAUAGCAUGAUCUUUUUGACAUGUUCCAUGUAUUUCGGUUGAUUAUUUUUCUUGUAAUUAUAGUUCAUUAGAAUAUGUACAUGAGAUAAAUAUUGAGUGCAAGUGGAUUAUGGAAUACUUUCACUUUUAACAGUAUACAUUUUUAUUUUGUAAAUUUAUAUUUAAGUCCUGAAACAAGUUGACAUUUGGGUUUAAUAUUGCUGUCAUGUUCUAAAAUUUACAUUUUUGAAACAGUUAAAAUCGACAAGCUUAACGGUUGCAGCAAGAUUUUCCAUGAAUAAUUGUAAAUGCGUAAAUAUAUAUAUAUAUAUGAUUAAAUAUAUUUUUCCUGCUUCAUUCUAUAAACUUAAAUAAUGGAAAGCUAAUUUGUACUUUACGUAAAAUUGCAUUUCCACCUUUCUCUUAAUUUGUAUUUGAGGGGUUCCACAAUUUAUUAGCCAAACAGACGUUUAAUAUAUCCACGUUUCAGCGCGUAUGUUUUCUGGUUCAGCUAUAAACACCCAUGUUCUGGCAAGCAUAUUUUUAAAUGCAUGUACAACAUGCAUCUCCUGUGUUUUUAAAGGUCAUUUUCUUUCAUUUAGCCUGAAGAAGUUAAA